AUGGCCAACUACCUCCGCUUCAACCUCUACGACCUCGAGCUCUUCGAGGUGCACCUCAACUCGACGCUGCAAAAGCUGCUCAUCUACAUGCCUAACAAGUCGAUGCUCCUCGUCAUCGAGGACAUCGACUACUGCUUCGACGACGCUACCACAUCGACGAAAGCCAUGAAGGCGCCAGGGCUGGCUGAGUACCUAGACAUGGACACCGACUACACAUCGGAUUCCUCAGACAAAAACUGGGCCCAGCCAUGA